AUGCGGCUGCCACAACGGUUCUCAUUCCCAUUCAUCAACUUGAAGAUCACCUUAUCUCAAAAUUUCCCAAAACUUCGCCAACGGUUCUUGCUCCCGUUGAUCAUCAAAACAAUCGCCUGGUUUGCCAAUGUCUUCAAAUUUCGACUUUACGGUGCGCGGAUUUCACAACACCUCUCCAUCCAUUUCCUGCAUCCAGUGCGCGUUUCUCUCUACGCUCUAGAUUCAACUAUGUCCAUCAAAAUCUAUGGCAACCUCACUGUCACCGGAAACUGUAACAUCACCACUACCCGUACCCGUUCUAGUCGAAGGCGCCACCGAGCAGCAGCUCAAGUCCUUACUGAGCCCAGAAGGAACGCCCGUCGACAUAGUCAACCGGCCGCAGCUGAUCUUGCGAUCGAGGAUGUGGCAGACGAAGAUUCAGAUUUUGAAGAUGUAGUAGUCGAAAAUAAUCCAGUUGAAGAUCUUGAAGUUGAUGCAGUUGAAGUUGAUUUAGGUGAAGCUAUGGCAGUUGAAGAUGUGCAAAUGGAAGAUCAGGCUAUAGAACAUCAAGUUCCGGCGAUAGAACCUCUUAGGUUAGAAGCUCCACGCUGUCAACGCGAUCAGUCGGCUCCUGUAGCUCAACCAGAAAGAAGACAGCCUCGCUUGCGUCGAUCAUCCAGAAUCGCCCGACGUAACAAUCUACGAAGAACACCAAUUCACCAGCGAAGACGCCCCCUUCCUUCUGCCUUAGAUCGUGACUUCUGGACCAAGAUCUGGACCUUACCCGCGUCGCUUCUCCACUACCUCUCGCCUGGAUGGCAUCCGGUUUGGUGCACCAAAGCUCUUCUUCGACAUAUACUCUGGCACUUUAGCCCAAACCUCCGCAUCCCGUGCCGCACGCUGAAAAGAGAAUUGAUUGAACUUUUUGAAUAUCAUGUUGGUCACAGAUACGGCGCGUACUAUGGAAUCUAA